AUGGAAGCAUUCGUCCUUGAAGUCGACUAUACUAUGGUUCUCGAGCCAUCGUAUCCACGUUACAGUACUCUGUCCUGUCCGGGAGUCCCAAGCCAGAAGAAGAUCUCUCGAUUCUCAAAGGAAGAUUCUGCACGCAAGAAAGCAUUGAAGGGACGGAGGGGCUGCCGUUGUUGCGUGGAAUGUGGCUUCUGGAAGCACGGCGAUGGUUUCGUGCGCAGCCUGGCCAAACGAGGCUCACCACGAUUCCGUCUCCGCAUGUUCCGAACCUGCAACCACUGCUCUCGACGUCGAAAGAGCCUGGACGAGGACGAGCAUUUCGACCAGUAUGGUGGCCUUGACUCGGAUCCAUAG